GCCUGAAUUCCGAGAAUUGGCUUUCACUCACAAGAGCUGCGCAGAACACGCGGCUUUGCUCAAAUCUGCGAUAAGCAUAAUGCAGUAUAAUAGGGUAUCUGACGGCAAUUUACGUGGAAUUACAGCAUCAGAGAAUGUUUACGUAGAUGACCAACAGCGUAUCAAACCAAUCUAUGAUAAUGAGGUCAGCGAAUUCGUUGGUGAUUCCAUACUUGGUAUGAUAGUGACUCUCUUGUUAAGACAAUGGUACCCUCACCUUCGCCCAAAUAGCUUGAGUGAAAUACGCAGUCAUCUUGUUGAUAAAGCAAGAUUGAGCGAUUGGGCAAAGAUGUAUAGUUUCGAUAUGCAUCUUAAUCUUCCGCCUUCGCAAUCACAAUUGGCGAUAAGACUCUCACCUGCUGUUCUCUGUGGGACUUUUGAAGCGUACGUUGCUUGCGUAUUCGACCAAGAGCAGGAUGAAAUGAUGGGUAUGAUGGCCGUGAAAAAUUGGAUCGAGCCUCUUUGCAAACCCUAUGCAGAUAUGUAUAACGUUGAUAUAACUAAUCGAGAGAAGGAAUUCCGCGAGACUCCCAAACUCGGCAGUCUUAGCUACCUUAAUCAGAUGAUGGUUAAGUCUAAUUUAAAUGCUACUUGGAAUGAAGCCGGUGGCUACGAUGCCAUAACCAGAACACAGAGCAAUUGGGUUGAGACAUUGACGCUCACACUUAAUAGCAACUCACAAGGUACAAGCAAUCAUGGUUUCAAUACAGAUUUCCCAGCAACAUUCACAGGCUCAUCUUCUAAAAAGAAAGAAGCUAAAGAAAUUGCAGCAUUUAAGGCCUUGAAGGUGUUAGGAAUAAACUCUUAAUCGCAUUGUUACUCAGUUUGCAAUUCUUCAGCUAUUAUGUAUACCAAAUCAACAACACUUGUAUUUUCAAUUCCAUCUGUCCAUGCC